GGGAGGCGGAGCCCUGUGAAACUCAGCUGUGGGAUGAAGGAAGGGGUUGGGUAGGAAGGGGACUGAUGAUCUAGGCUUGGGCCCGUGACAGCGGGCUGAUGAACAAGGUGGAGUUUGGUAAAGAGAGAGCCUGCAAGGGGGAGGAACUGAGGAGAGCAGUUAAGUACCUGUGCUGGAGGCGGGGCCUGAGGUUGGCAGGUGCAAAGGGACGUACCUCCACGAGGGGGGCGGAGCCUCGCGGACGAGGUUUGAAGCCGGGCGUGAGAACUCCACUCCCGGGUAGGACUGGGGUCGAACCAUGGCGAGCGGAUUCGGUUUCACACCGGUUCGGGCGGGCUGUCACGGGCCCCGUGCUCGUUCUCGUCCCCAGGGAGAUGGUGCUUAUCGUGCACGGCUUCCCUUCCGCCGUGGCUGCCCUUAGGUUCGAGUGGGCCUGGCAGCACCCGCACGCCUCGCGCCGCCUGGCGCACGUAGGCCCGCGCCUGCGCAGCGAGGCCGCCUUCGCUUUCCACCUGCGCGUGCUGGCGCACAUGCUGCGCGCGCCGCCCUGGGCGCGCCUCCCGCUCACCGUGCGCUGGCUGCGCGCCGACUUCCGACGUGAGCUGUGCCCGCCGCCGCCGCCGCACAUGCCGCUGGCCUUCGGGCCUCCGCCGCCCCGCGCCUCGGCCCCGAGGCGCCGAGCCGACCCCUUAGCUGACCCGGAGUCCGAGCCCGACCAAGACGCUGAGGCCUGCUGCGCCCUGUGCGCGCGCUCCUUCCAGGAUGAAGAGGGCCCCCUGUGCUGCCCCCACCCUGGCUGCCACCUAAGAGCCCACGUGAUCUGCCUAGCAGAGGAGUUCCUGCAAGAGGAGCCAGGGCAGCUUCUGCCCCUAGAGGGCCAGUGCCCGGGCUGUAAGAACUCACUGCUGUGGGGAGACCUGAUCUGGCUGUGCCGGGUGGGAGCCGAGGAGGAAGAGGAAGACUUGGAAUUAGAAGAGGAACACUGGACAGACAUGCUGGAGACCUGAUCCUCAGCGCCCCCAACCCUCUGCCUCCCCUGAGCUGGACUCACUGCCAGGGUUAUGAGACUCUGCGUUCUUGCCGUUUUGUCUCCCUGCUGCCUCAGAAAGCCUGCACCGCCUCUGCUCGGCCCCAACCCCAAUCAGCCAGCCCCCCCUCCCCCGCAUUGCUCUGUAC